CCCAGGAUUCUUCAUCGAGGUUGUGCAUAACAACUUGCAGAUGGCGGUACCUCGCGCGGAGACAUCUUUGGAGGUUGUGGAACAUCGAUUUCGGUCUCAGACUCUUCAUCCUCUGCUGUUUGAACCGCUUGAAUAAUGAUGUUAUAUGAGAGAAACAGGUCUGCUUCCUCAAAAAGAUGCUAAUCCUAUGGAGAGUCUCCCUUAUGCUGAGCAUACUUGACCACUAUUGACAGUGUUGUGUUGCAGUUGCAUGAUUUUGAAAAAAACCGCAUGGUUGACUCAAAUUUUUCAAACCCCCAUUUUUUUUCAUUCAUCGUCAGCAAAUCCUCCUUUGAAAAAACCGGGGGCUGACUGUACACGGAAUAACCAUAGUCUGGAUGAUGGAUGCGGAUGCGGGUGCAAUGAUAGUGAGAGUUUUUCAGGCAACAGAAGAGAGAGAAAAUCAGAGUCUAAAGGAAAAAUGAAGACGUAAUACUGUAUGUGAUUUCCUAUGGAUGGAAUAAUAGUCACCCCACUGAUGCAUGCAUGAAUUCAUUCAUCGAAGCAUAUCUGCCCAUGUAUCAUUUGAUUAUUGAAAACUGAAGAAAAAACGCUAAAAGGACAUAUACAGUAUAA